AUGUCUGCUCCCAAGGGUCGCCUCCAAGGCAAGAAUGCCAUUAUCACUGGUGCUGCCGGUGGCAUCGGCCUCGAAACCACCAUCCUCUUCGCCCGUGAGGGUGCCAACAUUCUCCUCGCCGAUAUUUCUGAACCAGCCUUGGCCAAGGCUUUGGCCAAGGUCAAGGAGGUUGUCCCCACCGCUGGCCGCCUGGAGACUAUCCGUUGCGACGUGUCGAAGGAGGCCGAUGUCCAGGCCAUGGUCGAGUCACAGGACAGCUGGGGUGGUGUGGAUGUGAUCUUCAACAACGCUGGUAUCAUGCAUGCCGAUGAUGCGGAUGCAGUCGAUACCCCGGAGAAGAUCUGGGAUCUGACUCAAAGCAUCAACGUGAAGGGUGUGUGGUUCGGCUGCAAGCACGCUGUGCUGAGCAUGCGUCGCAACAACAAGAAGACUGGCAGUGUGAUCAACACGGCCAGCUUCGUCGCUUUGAUGGGAGCUGCCACCCCUCAGCUGGCAUACACUGCCAGCAAGGGUGCAGUUCUGGCCAUGACUCGCGAGUUGGCUAUUGUGCAUGCUCGCGAGGGCUUCCGUUUCAACUCGCUCUGCCCGGGUCCUCUCAACACUCCCCUCCUCCAGGACUGGCUCGGUGAUGACCACGCCAAGCGCUUCCGUCGUGAGGUACACUUCCCCAGUGGUCGCUUCGGCGAGGCUGUUGAGCAAGCACACGCUGUGGUGUUCCUGGCCAGCGACGAGAGCAGCUUUGUCAAUGGCACAGACUUCGUCGUAGAUGGCGGUCUCAGCAAGGUGCGUUUCCGAUGGAUGAUGAUAUUCUCCCACACAAUGACAGCACUAAUUCGAAUACAUCUUUCUAGGCAUAUGUCACUGCCGAAGGCCCGCGCGCCAGCUGCGCCUCAGAACCUCGCCCAUUAA